CUGUCAUCUUGUUUCAGCUCCGGUCAAUAUUCCCGUGGCCAGUGACAGCAACGAGGUGUUGAUCCCGAAGCCCUCGUUGUGCCCGAACCUGCUACAUUACCACAUGUUAGCGCAGAAGGUAGCCUACUGCCAGAGUGACAUGUUAUACGACAGGCUCAAGAUUGAAAAGAUUCUCGGUAUUGACUCCUUCAACUCUAAAGAACGAAUUAAGUGGAUCGAAGCCCGAGAUGACCUAGUUGCAAGAAAGGUUCACGGUCUCCCGAUCCCUGACAAGCUGGAGCCAUUUAUGAGUAUCAUUGAGAAACACGCCACAACAUUGCUCUAUAAAUCUCUCUGUGGACUCGAAAAAGAUGAUCGUCAAAUAGCAACUGUUCUUUCCUGUGGCAGAGCUAUCGACCUUUUCCUGCAACAUCUGAGUCCUGAUUCAAAGGAUAGUCACUACAAGCUGUAUCUAUACUCCUGUCACGACUCCUCACUCUGUGCAAUACUCGGUGCCUUUGACAUAUUUGACUACAAGUGGCCCCCGUUCGCUGCUGACUUGAGGAUAGAACUGUACGAAGAUAAGAAGUCGCACAAAUUUGUGAAGGUCUCCUACCUCAAUAAGGAUGUAAAAUCCCGUGGCUGUGAUGAAAUCUAUGCCCCUUAUGAGAAGUUUGUUAAGGGAUUGUCCUGCAUGGCAACUGACAAAGAGACACAUGACAAACUGUGUAACUCUUCUGAAAUAUGUCGGAGAUUCUCACCAUCUAAAAACAUGGUUAAAACAGUGUAGAAACUCCAAGCUGUGUAAAUUAAUUCAAGCAAAACUGUACUAAAACUGUACUAACAAAACCAUGAAUAUUUUUUAAUACAAUACAAACAAACUUUCUGCAUUGCUUUUCUGUUUUUUUUUUUUUUUUUCUCUUUCACAUUUACAUACACACACUAACACAUCUACACACAUAUGCAGAACUUGUUGAAUGACUUGACAGAAACACAAAUAUAAGGCGGUGAGCUGGCAGAAACGUUAGCACGCUGGACGAAAUGUUUAGCGGUAUUUCGUCUGCCGUUACAUUCUGAGUUCAAAUUCCGCCGAGGUCGACUUUGCCUUUCAUCCUUUCGGGGUCGAUAAAUUAAGUACCAGUUACACACUGGGGUCGAUGUAAUCGACUUAAUCUUUUUGUCUGUCCUUGUUUGUCCCCUCUAUGUUUUGCCUCUUAUGGGCAAUAAAGAAAUAAGAAACACAAAUAUUUAGGCCCCGAAGAUGGAGAUAAAAACACUAACACAAAUUCUUAUUUAUUAUUAUUAUUAUUGUUGUUGUUAUUAUUUAAACUUUAUUAUUAUUAUUAUUAGUAUUAUUAUUAUUAUUAUUAUUAAGACUGCAAGAGGUUGACUUUGCCUUUCAUCCUUUCGGGGUCAAUAAAUUAAGUACCAGUUACGCACUGGGGUCGAUCUAAUCGACUUAUCCCCUCCCUCAAAAUUCCAGGCCUUGUGCCUAUAGUAGAAAGGAUUAUUAUUAUUAUUAUUAAUUCGGCGAGCUUGCAGAAUCCUUAGUACACUGGGUGAAAUGCUUAGUGGUAUUUUGUCUGUCUUUACAUUCUGAGUUCAAAUUCCGCCGAGGUCAAUUUUUACCUUUCAUUCUUUUGGUGUCAAUAAAUUAAGUACCAGUUGUAUACUGGAGUUGAUCUAAUCGACUGCCCCCCCGCCACCUCCACCAAAAUUUCAGGCCUUGUGCCUAUAGUAGAAAGGAUUAUUAUUAUUAUUAUUAUUAUUAUUAUUAUUGUUCAGUAGUUUUAUUUUUAUAACGUGCUUUCACUUCACUACCGAGCGCAGCUCUGUGCGCCUUGGGUAUGUGCUGUGGUUUGCUGUGGUGCUCUUAUGUUUACUGUAUUGAAAGUGUUUUGCGUAGAAUGUGUGCAGUACCCAGUAGUGCAAUUUUCUGUAUGUUAUAUAUAUUUGUAAGUCCUGGUGUUUUUGUUAUGUAUUUGUCUGAAUAUUUUUUUAUUAUACCUAUGGCACCUACUAUGAUAGGAAUUGUUUCUGUUUUUAGAUUCCACAUUCGAGUUAUCUCUAUU